AGAUGAGAUUUAGUCGAGUCCUGAUCACGACGUGACUUGAUAUUUAACCUAAACUUGAAAUUUAAUUAGUAAAUUGAUCGUGACUUGUUGGCAAGAAAUAUUUUAAACGACUAAAUAAUAUUUUUCUAGUCAGAAAAGUAUUUUAUACCUAUUUCCUUACUUAAUAAAUAAGAAAUUAAGAAAUAAUGCGGGUAAUAACAAAACUGCUAAUUUGUCUCGGGUUGGUGGAAACGUUACUAUUUUGCUCAGUUGCGACUGGAAUUGAGGAUUCCCCAUCAUCCCAAGCUCAAAUAGCCAACAAUAUCGCUACCCAAAUGCUAGAUGACGUAUUUGAGGCCCGUCACAAACCCGCGAUAGACGCCUUGACCUCCUUUGACAGGACUAAAUUGGAGGACUUGCGAGACAAUCUGAUCAAUACACAAGCCGAAAAAGUGUCUGCCAUCCAAACGAAGCACGAUGAAAUUAAAGCCAUAGGAAAAGAGCCGGGCACGAAAAUAGUCAAAGAUUUAGAUGUGGCGAACAAUGUUUUAAAAAACCUUAAUAGCUUAACAGUUGACGCUUAUUGUUAAAAGCUGUAUGUAUGAAUUUUUAUGUAAAAAGUUAAGGAGACAAAGUGUCUCAAAUUCCCAGAGUUGAAAGGAGCGGUGUGAUUGGAUUGGAGGUUAUUCUUUAUUCUUUUUAGUGUGUUAAGUAUAUGGAGAGCACGCCGUUCUUUUUACUUACUUAAGCAGACACGCAGUAGUGAAGGUGUGGAAUUUUAAGUCGUGAAAGUAGUUAUUUUUGGGUUGACAAUUAGCCAGUAAAAUUGUUUAAUAAAGUAGUAGUUUGUUUGUCAUUUAA